AUGUUAAACGUGAUCAAGCGGUCAAUAAAAUUCGUUGGAUGUGGCUACGAAAUUGAGCUACCCAUUCGACCAGAAGUGUCCGUCGUUCCAAACAACCGAAGUCAAGCGCUUUCUCGAUUUUUUGGCGUCGAGCGCCGCCUCGCGGAGCCGGCGGUGCGUGACGUGGCAUCAAAUUAUGAAAAGAUUGUGCAGAAUCUCAUUUCGUCCGGCACCGUGAUUGCUGUGUGCCAGUCCGACUUAUGUGAGCCACAGGGUAAAAUCUGGUAUCUCCCGCAUUUUUUUGUAGUAAACCCCAACAAGCCACAAAAAAUUCGUGUAGUGUUUGAUGCUAAAGCACGUUUUUGUUCGACCUCGUAUAAUUCCAUCAUGUUGCGCGGACCGCCAUCUAUUCCCAGCUUAGUCGGUGUGCUUCUGCGCGCUCGUCAGUUUCGUGUUGCGCUUUCCGCCGAUAUCACAGCGUUUUAUCAUCGCAUCAGCGUAGCCAGUCAACACCAGCCUCUGCAGCGUUUCGUUUAUCGAAGAUUCGGCAGCAAAGAGCCAAUACUGACGUAUCAAUUCACUACCCUAAUUUUUGGAGCUGUAUUCUCAUCAUCCGCGGCCGUUUACACGCUACAACAUGCAGCCAGCGAAUGUGCUGCCUUUCCUCAAGUUGCGGCCAAGAUGCCAGACAACUUCUACUCAGACAAUCUUAUCGACUCCUUCGAAACAGAGGAUGAGGCGAUUAAAUUCAGCAUGGCGGUAAGGCAAUCCCUCGAAGCUGGUGGAUUCAGUUUGACGGCAUUUGCUUCGUCUUCUCCGCGAGUGCUCGAAAGCAUUCCCUUGCAUCAAAGGUCAGCUAGCGUUUUAGACCUCAACGUGGACGCCUUGCCGGUAGAAUACCAUCUAGGAAUCGAGCUAGAUCUAACAACAGAUUCGUACAGUGUCAGGGUCAAAACGAUGCCCCAAGUGUCCACUAGAAGAGAAAUGCUAGCUGCCAUGUCGCUGACGUUCGACCCGCUUGGGAUCUGUCUCCCGGUUAUCGCUGGGGCUAAAUUACUGUUUCAGCUUACAAACAGAUUGGAGAGAAACGCUCGCGGGUGGGACCAGCCUUUGCCAGCAGACCUGCUGGAAAAGUGGAAUGUUUGGGCAGAUGGGUUGGCCAAGCUAUCGUUCCCUAAUGUGAGCAGAUGUUUCCGCCCCGCCGAUUUACCAUUUUUGGGCUCUGUAUCUCGGCUGAUCGUGUUUGCUGACGCGUCAUCAGUCGCGUUUGGAGCGGUCGCCUUCCUCCGCACACAAUUGAAUAACAAGGUCCAUGUAAGUUUCGUGAUGGCAAAAGGUCGUUCAGCAUCAUUGAGGCCAACGACAAUUCCGCGGAUGGAGUUACAGGCGGCUGUACUGGCCGUGCGAUUGUCAGCACUAAUAAAAAAAGAACUCCGCAUCCCAAUUGCUUCUGUUGAAUAUCACACCGACUCUCAGAUCGUUUUAUGGCAGCUGCGAUCCGAUGACCAUGGACGUCCGUCAUUCGUGCGCCCAAGAAGAGAGGAGAUCCUCGCCCACUCGGCACUCAACGACUGGCAUUUCGUUCGUAGUAGCGAUAACCCGGCCGACGAAUGUACUCGCGGUGUCAAACCGAAAGACUUUGGUCCUGGUUGCCGUUGGAUUACUGGCCCCUCUUUUCUCAUGGAUCCGUCCUAUGUUGCAGAGCCAUUUGACCAUCGCGCCACUAAACCUGCUGAAAAGGAAGACGAUGAAACACUGACCAUCAGCAUUGGGCAUCUGGAUGUCGCGCCAUAUUGCUGCCACCCGAGGGCAGCCGCCGUAUCUAAGCUCAUAUCCCACGCCACGGAACUAAGCAUUCUGAAACGCGAAGUUGCCCAGCUGGUGCGACACGAUCCGGCCACGCAAGCGGAGCCGACCGUUGGAGAGCUUGCAGAAGCCCUUCGUGUGUGCUUGCUGGUCUCCCAAAGUGAAGUUUUCGUGCGCGAGUGCAAGGCCCUUCUUAACGGAACCGAAAUUCCUUGA